GUCCAAGAGCUAACACCACAGGAGAAGGCGAAGAAGAUCACUGUGGAGCUCUUUUCACUCCAAAGUUCUCCACCCUUUGAGGCAAUGUUGGCGGAAGAGGUGGUUCAGGACUAUGUUCUGCAGCAUUUGUCUGUCAGGAAGCAAGAGCUUAAGGAAGCAUCCCUCCACUUGUCCGCAGGUAUGGGCCCACUAGAUUCUCAAGAUGAAUGGCGCAAACAAGAUGCCUUUGCUAAAGCUGAUGCAACUGUGGAUGAGGUGUUGCUCACGGCUAAGGAUACCGUCUUGAAGAUGCCUACCAAGGGCCAGCAGUUUCAGGAUUUGCUCGAGAAGAUGUCUGCCUUGGCAUCAGCAGUCUCUCUUGGUGAGCAGUUGGUGGCAUGGAAAGCAUUGCAGGCUUUGCCUCUCAUGAAAUCUGUGGCCUCGGAUGUCAAUGCCUUCAUGGACCACAUCCUCACAGAGUCAAAGAAGCUUCGAAAGGGCAGAGCGUUGUUCACCACGACAGUUCUCAUUCUGGCCUUGAAGCUAUUCAAAGGGGGCGAUCCAGACACUGUCCAGAAUGCCAAAAAGCUUGCGCGAGAGCAAACUGCUCUCAUCCAAGGAGGGAAAGAUUCGAUGGCAGAAUCUGAUAUCCCAUUGCCAGUGAGGGCGCUGGCUAGCAAUCUCUUGUCAUGA